AUGGAGUCGACUCUGCAAAAAAAAUUUUUAAACUUGGAAGAAAAAAUGCUGGUGGUGAAAAAAUUAAAUGAUGGAGUUAGCAUACGAAAAAUUACUGAAGAAUUUUGUUGCGGAAAAACUCAAAUUGCAAAUAUUCAUGAAAAUAAAGAAUCUGUAAAAAGGCAGUGGGAAGCGGGAGUGCCGAGUAAGAAUAAAACGUUGAAAAAACGAAAAACGGAUUUUGAAGAGAUCAAUUUUAAAUUUUUUGAAUGGUUUUCUGAAGCUCGGUUAAAGAAUCUGCCAGUUAGUGGACCAAUGGUGAAGGAAAAAGCUAUUGUUAUUGCUGUAGACUGUAUCGGUUGUGAAAAUUUCAUGGCAUCAACUGGUUGGCUAAGAAGUUGGCAGAAGCAGUUUGGGAUAACAUUUGUACAACUUGCUGGUGAAGCUGCUGAUGUUGAUGAAAAAAUAGUUGAUGAUUGGAAAAAAAGGCUUCCUGAGAUUACAUCUGGAUUCUUACCUGAAAAUAUAUUCAAUGCAGAUGAGACAGGCAUCAAGACAGUCAAAAAAAGAUUAACUGUUCUUUUAGCUUGCUCUCAGACAGGGGAAAAAUUGCCACCUUUGGUCAUUGGCUAUGCAGAAAAUCCUCGAUGUUUUAAAGGAAGAAAGAUCCUUCUCUUUGUUGAUAAUUGUUUUGCUCAUCCAGAGAUUUCCAUGUCAAAUGUUAUCGUUAAGUAUUUACCACCAAAAACAACGUCAUGCUUGCAGCCAUUAGAUGCUGGCAUAAUUUCACAAAUUAAAACUAUUUAUAGGAAAAGAGAAAAUAGAAAUACAGAUGUGCAGCUGAUUGAAGCUGAUCCUACCAUAACCAGCCUUUUGGGUUCUGUUACUUGGGAGAAUUUUGUAACCAUGGAUAACAAUGAUGACUCAAUCCAUAGCCCACAAAGUUCUGAAAAUCAUGAACAAUUUGAAGUCCAAGAUGAUGAAGAGGAAGAAGAGGUUCCAGUCCAAGAUGUUUCUACAAAGAUGGCAUUACAAUGUGCCAGGAAGCUAACUUCCUAUUCGAUACAUAUGGGCAUUAGAGAAUUGUUACAAUUUUCUGAGAACAUUGAAAAUAUUUUAGAAAUUGAAUUGUUAAAAACAAAAUGUUUUGGCAAACAGACAACUAUGAAUGAUUUUCUUCCAUAA